AUGUCCACAGUGGCUCUUUCAAAUUCUGUCGUGGUUAUCUCUAUACUCUCUGAAAGUGAACAGUCAUUAUUGGUGCACCAGAAGCUGGAGACCAAUGCCAUUGCCAUGUGCAAGGAACCCGACAGGCACCUGCCAUUGAAUUUGAAGCCGAUGUACGGAAAGGAAACCUCCCAUUUGACGAAGGAUGUGUUUUGGGAACUGUGA